UAAUUGGUUCAUCCCAAUUUAUUUGCACUGAUAUAUAAGACUUCCAGGACACUGGAAAAACUCAUUAUUGCUUUUAUGGUGAGGGCUCGGUACCUGGAAACAGCCAUGGAGUGGAAAAUACUUCCCAUAUACUUGCUGCUACUUUCUGUUUUCUUGAUUCAGCAAGUUUCUUCUCAAGAUUUACCGAGCUGUGCAGGGAGAUGUGGGGAAGGGUAUUCUAGAGACGCCACCUGCAACUGUGAUUAUAACUGCCAACACUACAUGGAGUGCUGCCCUGACUUCAAGAAAGUCUGCACCCUGGAGCUUUCCUGUAAAGGCCGCUGCUUCGAGUCCUUCGCAAGAGGGAGGGAGUGUGACUGUGACUCAGAUUGUAAGACGUAUGGCAAGUGCUGUCCUGAUUAUGAGAAUUUUUGUGGAAAAGUGCAUAAUGCCCCAUCACCAUCUUCAAAGACUGCACCUCCACCUGCGGGAGCAUCUCAAACCAUCAAAUCAACAACCAAACGUUCACCCAAAGCACCAAACAAGAAGAAGACUAAGAAAGUGAUAGAGUCAGAGGAAAUAACAGAAGAACAUUCUGUUUCUGAAAAUCAAGAGUCUUCCUCCUCUUCCUCUUCCUCUUCAACUAUUCGGAAAAUCAAGUCUUCCAAAAAUUCAGCUGCUAAUAAAGAAUUAAAGAAGAAACCCAAAGUAACAGAUGACAAGAAGGAAAAAACUCCUAAAAAGAAACCUACCCCAGAACCACCAGUUGUAAAUGAAGCUGGAAGCGGACUGGAUAGCGGGGACCUCAAGCUCACCCCAACUCCUGACACUCCUACUACCCAAAGCCAUAAAGUUACCACAUCUCCCAAGAUUACAACAGGCAAACCAAUAAGUCCUAAACCCAGUCGUCCACCUAGUUCUGAUCCACCCAAAGAGACACCUUCAAAACCUAAUAAAGAGACAAUAGCUGAAACUAAAGAGAUUUCUUUAACAAAAAAAGAGACUUCAAGUGGAACAAAAGAGAAGACUGUUUCAACUAAAGAGACACGAAGUGCAGAGAAAACACCUGCUGAAGAUAUUGUACCCACAUCCAAAGCUCCUGUUAAAUCUACACCCAAAGCUGAAACUACAACCAAAUCCCCUGUUCCCACCACCACCACGGAGCCUACACCCACUACCACCAAGGAGCCUGAACCCACUACCAUCAAGGAGCCCACACCCACCACCCCUAAGAAGCCUGCACCCACCACUCUUAAGGAGCCUGAACCCACCACCACCGAGGAGCCUGAACCCACCACCCCUAAGAAGCCUGCACCUACCCCUCCUAAGGAGCCUGCACCCACCACCACCAAAGAACCUGUACCUUCUACCCCCAAGGAGCCUGUACCCACAGCCCCCAAGGAGCCUGAACCCACCACCACCAAGGAACCUGAACCCACCACCACCAAGGAGCCAACACCCACCACCCCUAAGAAGCCUGCACCUAUCACUCCUAAGGAGCCUGCACCCACUACCACCAAGGAGCCUGAACCUACCACCACCAAGGAGCCAACACCCACCACCUCUAAGAAGCCUGCACCUACCCCUCCUAAGGAGCCUGCACCCACCACCACCAAAGAACCUGUACCUUCUACCCCCAAGGAGCCUGUACCCACAGCCCCCAAGGAGCCUGUACCCACUACCACCAAGGAGCCUGAACCUACCACCACCAAGAAGCCAACACCCACUACCCCCAAGGAGCCUGUACCCACUACCACCAAGGAGCCUGCACCCACCACCCCCAAGGAGCCUACACCCACUACCACCAAAGAGCCUGCACCCACCACUCUCAAGGAGCCUGUACCCACUACCACCAAGGAGCCUGCACCCACCACCACCAAGGAGCCUGAACCUACCACCACCAAGAAGCCAACACCCACUACCCCUAAGGAGCCUGCAACCACAGCCCCCAAGGAGCCUGCACCAACAGUCCCCAAGGAGCCUGCACCCACUACCACCAAAGAGCCUGCACCCACCACGCCCAAGGAGCCUACAACUACCACUCCUAAGGAGCCUGCACCCACAGCUCCCAAGGAAUCUGGACCCACCACCACCAAGGAGCCAACACCCACCACCUCUAAGAAGCCUGCACCUACCACUCCUAAGGAGCCUGCACCCACGGUCCCCAAAGAACUUGCACCCACCACCCCCAAGAAGCCUGCACCCACUGCCCCCAAAGAGCCUGCACCCACCACGCCCAAGGAGCCUGCACCCACCACCCCCAAGAAGCCUGCUCCAGCUCUUCUUGAGACACCUGCUCCAACCACCUCAGAGGCCUCUACUACAACCACCACCAUGGAGCCUCCUACUACUCCCAAGAACCCUGCUGAAUCAACGCCUGCAGAACCCACACCAAAGCCUCCUGAGAACAGUCCCAAGGAACCUGUUGUACCUGUAACCAAGGCUCCUGAAGUGACCAAACCUGAAAUGACAACACCUAAAGACAAAACAGAAAAAGACACACGUACAAAACCUGAAAUUACAAGUGCUGUACCUAAGAUUACAACCCAAGAGACAGGAAUUCCAACAGAAGAGACCACUGAGUCCCAAACAAGUACAACCACACAAGUAACUCCUAUCACAUUGUCCAAAAGUACUCCUAGAGCAACAACUCCUGCACCCAAAGAAAUGACUACAACAAAAAAGACAACUACAAUGGAAGAGACUGUGAAUAAACCUGAAGAAACCACAGCUGUGCCCAAAGAUACAACCACGAAAGCUGAAGUGUCAACUUCCAAACCCCGAAAGCCAACCAAAGCACCAAAAAGGCCUACUUCUACCAAAAAGCCAAAAACAGUACCGAAAGGGAGAAAACCAAAGACUACAGCAACUCCCCCAAAGAUGACUACAUUGACAAUGCCGACAUUACACCCUACCUCUUCAGAGGAAGCCAUGCUCCAAACUACCACCAGCCCCAACCAGGGACUUAACUCAGAAAUAGUUGAAGUAAAUCCAAAUAAAGAUGCAGAUAUUGCUAGAGAAAAACCUCACAUGAUCCCCAGGCCCCCUGCGUUAACCCCUAUAUUGAUCCCAGGUACUGGUACCUUGGUGAGAGGAUCCAAUCAAGACAUCGCCAUCAAUCCCAUGCUUUCAGAUGAGACGAAUUUAUGCAAUGGUAAGCCAGUAGAUGGACUGACUACUUUGCGCAAUGGAACAUUGGUUGCAUUUCGAGGUCAUUAUUUCUGGAUGCUGAGUCCAUUUAAUCCACCAUCUCCACCUCGUAAAAUUACUGAAGUUUGGGGUAUUCCUUCUCCCAUUGAUACUGUUUUUACUCGAUGCAACUGUGAAGGAAAAACUUUCUUCUUUAAGGAUUCCCAAUACUGGCGUUUCACCAAUGAUAGAAAAGAUCCCGGGUACCCCAAACAAAUUGUAAAAGGAUUUGGAGGACUAAAUGGAAAAAUAGUGGCAGCUCUCUCAAUAGCUAAACACAAGGACAGACCUGAAUCUGUGUAUUUUUUCAAGAGAGGUGGCGGUGUUCAGCAGUAUAUUUAUAAACAGGAGCCCAUCAGAAAGUGCCCUGGAAGAAGGCCUGCUAUCAAUUAUCCAGUGUAUGGAGAAACAACACAGGUUAGGAGACGUCGCUUUGAACGUGCCAUAGGACCUUCUCAAACACACACCAUCAGAAUUCACUAUUCACCCAUCAGAGUCUCUUAUCAAGAAAAAGGUUUCCUCCAUAAUGAAGUUAAAAUGAGUUUACAGUGGAGAGGAUUUCCAAAUGUGGUUACUUCAGCUAUAGCACUGCCUAACAUCAGAAGACCUGAUGGCUAUGAUUACUACGCCUUUUCUAGGAAUCAAUACUAUAACGUCGAUGAACCCAGUAGAACAGCAAGAGUCAUUACCACUCGUUCUGGGCGGAGCUUAUCCAAUGUUUGGUACAACUGUCCUUAGACCCAUGGGCAAAGGAAGAGUCAACUAAUUAAAUGAAGAAUGAAAAAUUUUGACAUUGAAAUACAUUUUAUUAAUAAAGAAUGUUGAGAGAAGCAUA